AUGGCAAGGCGACGGCAGUCAUGGAGCACGAGCCAGAGGAGCGGAGGCCCUUGGUUCGCAGAGCAGAGUCAAAGAAUUCUGCGAGUUACCGCAGGUGCUGGCAGAGGUGGGCAGGGAGAGCUUGCGGAGUACCAUCCGCGCUUCGCCGAAAAUUCUGAACUCGCAGCGCGCUCUGCGCUGUUCCUGGUUCUCUGCGGCCUUCCCUUCCUCAUCCCCGAGGGCGAGAUCCAGAGCCUCGAUGCCUUCCUCCAUACAGGCUUCUAUGCCGUCGGUGUGGUCAGCUUCAUAGUCUUACACCUGAAGAGAAACCUGGGUGCGACCAUGGCGGCGACAGCAAGUGGCCUGCGAGGCGUUCUGCUCGCAGUCUGCAAUGCCUGGUUCUUGUUUGGCAUCUGUCCUGAUGGCUACACCGACGAUGUCUGCGGAAGAACCGAGGCAUUCAAGAUUUGCAACUUUGCUGAAGCUGUGGGGACCUGCGUGGUCUUGGGAUCCAUUUUCGCCCUCCUGGUCUACAUUGUGCCUUACCCCCUCACAGCCUUAAACUCUGCAAAAGAGGUUGCAACCGAGAUGACGCACGAGGUACCCAAGAUUUUGCGACUGUUCGUUGAGUUCCUGGAAACGGACAAGAGCAACGAUUACGGCCAGGAUCGUAUUCAGCGGCAUAUACGGCGCUUGCACAAAGAGUCAGGUAGGCUUGCAGACAGCGUGAAGCAUGCCUGGUGGGAAUGUUUUGGCUGCGGGCGCAGGCAGCUGGACAGGUGGGCGCUUGGGGUGCUCGAGCAGUCGCUGCAGAAGACCUACGAUGCGAUCCAAGGCAUUUGGGCUGUGGCCGAACUCACCAAAACAGAGGCACGAAGCGAGAAGCAUGUGGCCCUGAUCAAAGUUGUCAAGGCACACUUUCUCCCCAUCGUGGACAUGGUUGAGGAGCUGCUGGUAUCCGUUGUGUCGGUGGACAGUUUGGUCCACUUCACAUCAGCUGAUGCUGAGAGGGUCAGAGUCCUCAAAGACAAGAUCCACGAAGCCAAGGGCCGUUUUCGAGAGGCUUUCUGGGAGGAGCGUGCAAGGAUCAUGGCAGAACAGACAGACGAGCGGUCGAUGCGGAACAGCAUCAACGAGCUCCGCGUCAUUCAUGUGGUGGCCUUCAACAUGAUGAUGAUCCUCCGGGACUUCCUGGAGUAUGCCGAGCAGAUACUCCGGCAUCACGAUGGAGAGGCGGAUCUGCAGAAAGUUGUCGAGCACGAUUGGCUGGGCGGCCUUUUCCAGGGCAUAGCGACCUUUCAAAACGUUCGACAUGUGCUGCGAGUGGUGCUCUCCGUGAUGCUGGGCUUUUUCUUGGGGUAUUGCGGCGGAGGCUUCGUGACGCCUGGCACGGCAGCCAUCGCCAAGGCCACGGCCACACUUCUCAGCAAGAACCAGGGGAGCGCCCUGGUAAAGAACCUGAACAGGAUUCAGGGUGUGGUGCUCGGGACAAUUUUUGGGCAGCUCAUUGACACGAUCUUCCACAGAUCCAUAACCUGCCGCUAUGCGGAUGUGAACGAUCUGUUGCUGGGAGCCUGCUUCGCUCUCUUCAUGUAUGUCACCAUGUUCAUACGAUUCCAUGUGUCCGAGUUCGCUAUCAUGGGUGUGCAGAUGGCGAACUUCGGUGGCCAAGAGAUGUUGGUGGGCUCCUGUGGCGAAGAGCGCAACAUGGAGGCCUUGGAUAGCGUAACUGUCAAUCUUCUUGCCAUCGUCUUCUUGGUCUCCGUGGACCUCCUCUUUGCCAGAGAACGGGCCUCCGACAUGGCUACCGCGAUGGCGCACCAGUCCUGGAUGGCCAUCAAGCAGAAUGUCCUGGCGGCUCUGGACGUGGAACAGCCGGAGGUUCACUUCACGCGCCAGGAGAUGUUGAACAUGCUUGCCGAGACGGAGA